GGGGGCAGCACGGCCUACGUGGUGUGCGGGGUCAUCAGCUUCGCCCUGGCCGUGGGUGUUGGCGCCAAAGUGGCCUUCAGCAAGGCGUCGCGUGGGCCCCGGGCGCACCGGGAGAUCAACGUGCCCAGGGCCCUGGUGGACAUCCUGAGGCAUCAGGCGGGGCCUGGGGCCCGCCCGGACCGCGCCCGGAGCAGCUCUCUGACCCCAGGCCUUGGGGGAUCUGACAGCAUGCCCAGAACGCCCAAGAACCUUUACAACACAGUGAAGCCCUCCAACCUCGAUAACCUCCACCACAACUACCUGCACCUCAACGUCAACAGCCCCAAGCACCAGGCCGCCACUCUGGACUGGCGGGCCAUGCCACCGCCCAGCCCCAACUUGCACUACUCCACACUGUCCUGCUCUCGAUCCUUCCACAACCUCUCCCAUCUGCCCCCAUCCUACGAGGCUGCUAUGAAAUCGGAGCUCAACCGCUACUCCUCCCUCAAGAGGUUGGCCGAGAAGGACCUGGAUGAUGCCUAUCUGAAGCGGCGGCACCUGGAGAUGCCCCGCGGGACCCUGCCCCUGCAUGCACUGCGGAGGCCGGGCACGGGGGGUGGCUACCGCGUGGAUGGCUGGGGCAGCCCCGAGGAGCUGGGCAUGGCACCUGCGCCCCACCCGCGACGGGUCAUGUCCCAAGAGCACCUGCUGGGUGACGCACGGGCCUCACGCUGCGAGUUCACACUGCCCCGCGCACGCCUGGUGUCUCAGGAGCACCUGCUGCUGUCUUCCCCCGAGGCCCUGCGCCAGAGCCGCGAGCACCUGCUAUCCCCCCCGCGCAGCCCUGCGCUGCCCCCUGAGCCCCCGGCCCGGGCCAGCCUGGCUGCCUCACACUCCAACCUGCUGCUGGGGCCUGGGGGGCCGCCCACUCCGCUACACGGCCUGCCACCACCCUCAGGCCUGCUCGCCCACCACCACCACCACGGCCUGCACGGCUCGCCCCAGCCCGCCUGGAUGGCAGAUGCGGGAGGGGGCGCAGGCACACUGGCCCGCAGGCCACCUUUCCAGCGCCAAGGCACCCUGGAGCAGCUGCAGUUCAUCCCUGGCCACCAUCUGCCCCAGCACCUGCGCACGGCCAGCAAGAAUGAAGUGACUGUCUGAGGCAGGCCGGGCGGUCCCGGGCCCCAGGCCAGGAUCCUUCCCGCAGGCCACCCUCCAGGUGCCUGGCACCCACAAGGGCCCUGGGGCCGGAGCCAAAGCCUGUCUCUCGAACUCUGCAGACCAGAUCCUCCUCCUAGAACUGUUUGUGCCAUGCCUCCCUCCCUCGAGGAAGGGGCCCGCCCAUGAGGCUGGCCCUGGGGGUUGCGGUGUCACCUCCAGGUGAUGCAGGGCAGACAAGGCCUUGCCCGAGCCACCUUCUUCCCAGACUGAGUCCAUCCUAUGAUGCAGCUGCAGAGACCUCCCUCGCCCUGAGACAUCGCCUGAUGCCAUCCCUUCAGACAAAGCCAUCUCCCCCACCCCUGCCCCUGGGGGAAAUCAUUCUGCCCACUGGGUCCCCCUGCAGAUCCAUCUCCUCUCCGCCCUCCCCGUGAUGACAGCACCAGAGCAGGUGUUUUGCCCUAUGACACCAUUGGAGAGACUAUGCCUCUUCCUGUGAUGUCAUCGGCAGACACGGUACACCCCCAGGGACAUGGCCAUUGCCUCUUUCCGGCAGUGUGAUGUGUGAGCUGGGCCUGGCAGACCCCCAGCGGCCCUGGGAAGGUGUCAGGUGCCUCUGAGGCGCAUCGGCUGGGCCAGCACUCUGUCUGCAGGGUCGUCCCAAGAGCUCCCACGGAGUCCCCAUGCCCCCUGACUUGUCCCAUUGUGAUUCGGGCUGGGGCUGAUGUUCCUGACCCUACAGACAUAUGAAGGGAGGCCGGCCUCAGGGUCCUGUGCUGUGCAGCGGCUCCUGGGACAGUUCCAGGGGAAGGACUUCCGCUCCAAGUUUGCUCUGCCCACCAAAGGCUGGCAUCACCUUUUCCUGCCAAAUCUAGAGACAUCAUUGGCUCUGUGGACAGAGGCCUAGCCUCCUAGAGGGGAAGGGUCAGUGUGUGGGUGCCACUGACCUCCCAUCAUCGUCAGUACCAGUGUCACCACACACGAAUGUUAACUGUGUCACUGCCUGGGAUCACCUAGUGUGCCACUCUUUUCCAGGAUUUACCAGGACUCAUGGUGACUCCUUCAUCCAUGACUCUGUCAUCUCCCCAAAUUCCAUGACGGUGGUGAUGUUGUCAUCUCCUAGGGGUCAGUGCAGACAGCGAUGUCCUCAGCUUAUUCUGUCGGGACUGGCUAAAACCAAGGAUGUAUGCUUCCCAGAGUCACUACAGCUAGGGCACCAUCACUUCCCAGGGGAAAUGACAUACACCUUCAGGCCCAGGUCCCCCACAGCUGUGAUGUCAUCGCUUCCCACGAUGCAUUGCAAUUGCGGCGUCCUCCCUCUCCUCCUCCCCUAGCACCCCAAGAGCCAACGGUGUCAUCAUCUCCUCGGGUCAGCUUCAAUUGCAGUGUCUCCACAUCCCAUGCCUCUGGGAGCCAGUGAUGUCACCACCGUGGCGUCGUCCCCUCCCCCCUAGGAACCAUGAGAGCCAAGACUGUCGCCAUCCACGAGACCUGCUACCACCACGCCAGGACCUGGGGCAGUGGGAAGCAUCAUUUUCCAGUGUGUGUUUCAGCCGCAGGGUUCCUGCUGUCCAGGCUCCACUGCGUCUGUAUGCCAUCACCCACCAGAAAUGUCCAUCUGAGGGACCAAAGGCUGGGACAGGCCAGAUCUUGGCUGUUCCCAGGGGAUGUGUGGCACUUGCAGUUGUCCCCAGGAGAGGGAGGGGGGUGGACUAGCACCACACUCCCAUGAACCAGGCUGGGGUCAGCUGUCCCCCCUGAGACCCCCCGCCCUACUCCAUAAGGUCGCUGCCUCCCUCCUGAGCUGGGUGAAAGCUGGGGUCAGCUCUGUGCAGAUAUGGCUUCUGCCAGGUCUCCCCCACUGGUGAGGACAUACAGGCUCCUCCUAAGAAGCCUGCUGCCCUCCACAGCUGUCCCGUCCAUGAUGGGGCCCAUCCUGCGACCUCUCCCGGUCAUCAGAGGUGGGGCUGGCCAUCCUUGGAGGGCAUCACUGUCCUCUGACUCACCCACUCUCCCACCCACUCCCCCACCCCCUGGAUCAGAGCUCGCCGGCCUGGGCCAUCCUCUCCCCAGGGACACCCCUGGGAAGGGCCAGCAGCCAACAACCCAACUCACCUGGCACUGUUAGCACUGCUCUGGGCUGGCCUGGCCUGGGCAGCUCUGCUUGAGAGCCAUGGUUUCUGCAGGGGUGGAGGGUCCUCCUCCCCCUCCCCCCAGCAUACCAGGGAGUGCCAGGGCCAGAGGGGUGUUCAGGGAGUCCCCAAAGCCCAGCACACAAUCUGUCCCCAGAUCUUUGUAUAUAGCCAUGUUGCAGGGGCGGCCAUUCCCCACUCUUAAAGGGCUACAUGCUCCCCCAGCCCCAGGGCGAGGUGUGGGGGGGCCUCUUCUCCCUCCCCUGGGCCGCCCCUUCCUCUUAAUGUCUCUCCGAAAAUGCUGCCGCCCCCACCCUCACCCCCAGCUCAUCCUUUCCUGACAGAAGCCUGGGGCAGAGCCUAGCCAGAGGCUCUUCACAUACCCUGCAGCUCCAUCCACCCAAGCCCCAGCUUGGCUUUUGGUCUCCUUGUUGAUGGCUGAUGGGAGGAGGGAGUUCCUCCACCCUUCUACAGGCCAGCCCAGAGGAGCCAGCUGGAGAGGCCAUCUAUGCCUGGACGAACUCUUCCACUUCCCACCCCCACAGGACACUCAGCUUUCUCCAGUCCCUGGAAUCUGGGGUGUUCCUGGCCAAAGCUUUUGUACAACCCCCUCCCCCAUGACCGCUCCAAGGUUGGGUUUGGGGGUCUGGCCUCCAGCCCUGCCCUCUGCUCCUGCUCCGGCCUCGGCCUCUUUACUUUGAAUAAGCCAUAGUGUGGAGAGGCUCCAGGCAGUCGGCAAGCCACUCUGCUCUCUGUCUCCCUCCACAUGCCCAGAGCUGGGGGCUGGCCUCCGAGUCCCCUCCACCCCUGAAGCGCCCCGCGAAUAUUCACAUGUGCACAUGUACCCUGGCAUGCCAGUGACAGGGACAGGCCAGGGGGCACUCCACAACUCUGCACCCCUCUCCUGACAGUCCUCUCUAACACAGGUCUCUAACCCUGAUCUUCCUGGGAGACAGCCAGAGGAGCUUCA